AUGACGUUCUUAAUAGCUAUGUUUGAAAGUACGAAACUGCACUGGAAUGACCACUUCAGACAGUUCUACCAAACAUACGGCCCGGCAGUGACCCGCGUAUUUUCAACAAUACUGAUCACCAUGAUGUUUUAUUUAGCUCACACACCUAUACAGUUGGGAAUGUUUGCGCAAGGUCGCUCACACGGCAGUCAGAAGUUUUAA